CGCCCCCUCCCCCCGUCGCGGAGCUCCGGACCCAAGAUGGCCGCCGUGUCAGUUUCGGGCUUCGCCGCCGUUCGGCCUUUGCUUCUCGGUUCCCGUCUCUCGCGGCGUUCGGUGUAAUGUUACAGUGCUUCUAAUUGUGAGCGUGCAGACCAAAAGCUGAGUGAGACGACACUUAAUGUUUGAGAAAGGAGAAGUAAUUCAGGACAGAAAACGUGUAUGCUAUGGUUAGCUGUUUCCCAUCAUCCGAGAAUCUGUUUUCCCAGUGUGUGAAACUUGUUCAGCAUCAGGAUAAAGGAUAACGACUCUAUGGAUAUACAGAAGUCUUCACCAUGGUAAAACUCGCCAACCCCCUGUAUACGGAGUGGAUUCUGGAGGCAAUCAAAAAGGUAAAGAAGCAAAAACAGCGUCCUUCAGAAGAGAGGAUAUGCAAUGCAGUGUCUUCAUCACAUGGCUUGGAUCGCAAAACUGUGCUGGAACAGUUAGAGUUGAGCGUUAAAGAUGGAACUAUUUUAAAAGUCUCCAACAAGGGUCUCAACUCCUAUAAAGAUCCUGAUAAUCCUGGGAGAAUAGCACUUCCAAAGCCUCGGAACCAUGGGAAGUUGGAUGGUAAGCCAAAUGUGGACUGGAAUAAACUCAUCAAACGGGCAAUUGAGGGCUUGGGUGAGUCUGGUGGCUCAUCCUUGAAGAACAUCGAGCGUUUUCUGAAAGGUCAGAAAGAUGUGUCUGCAUUAUUUGGAGGUAGUGCUGCCUCCGUUUUUCACCAGCAACUACGAUUAGCUGUCAAACGUGCAGUUGGCCAUGGCAGGCUCCUUAAAGACGGACCUCUGUACCAGCUCAACACUAAAGCAACCACUAAUGCUGAUGGGAAGGAGAGUUUUGAGUCUCUUUCCUGUCUGCCUCCGGUGUGUCUCCUUCCCCAUGAAAAGGAUAAGCCGGUUGCUGAACCAAUUCCAAUCUGCAGUUUCUGCCUUGGUACAAAAGAGCAAAAUCGGGAGAAGAAACCUGAGGAGCUCAUCUCUUGUGCUGACUGUGGCAACAGUGGUCAUCCUUCCUGUUUGAAGUUCUCACCAGAGCUGACAGUUCGAGUCAAAGCCUUGCGAUGGCAAUGUAUUGAGUGCAAAACCUGCAGUUCCUGUCGAGAUCAGGGCAAAAAUGCUGAUAACAUGCUAUUUUGUGACUCGUGUGACCGUGGCUUUCACAUGGAGUGCUGUGAUCCCCCUCUUACCAGGAUGCCAAAAGGUAUGUGGAUAUGUCAGAUAUGUCGGCCACGUAAGAAAGGAAGAAAACUUUUACACAAGAAGGCAGCACAGAUAAAACGACGCUAUGCUAAUCCAAUCGGACGUCCCAAAAACAGGUUAAAGAAUCAAAAUGCAACAUCAAAAGGACCCUUCAGCAAAGUUCGAACUGGCCCUGGUCGGGGUCGGAAGCGUAAGAUAACUCUGUCCAGCCAGUCAGCAUCAUCAGAAGGAGGAUACCUGGAGCAGACAGAUAUGUUGGACUACUGCAGAGAAGGCAGUGCUACCUUGAAGUUUAACAAAAAAACCAAAGGGCUUAUAGAUGGCCUUACUAAAUUCUUCACUCCCUCCCCUGAUGGACGAAAAGCUCGAGGGGAAGUGGUAGAUUAUUCUCAGCAGUAUAGGAUCAGGAAAAAGGGUACCAGAAAAUCUAGCACUUCAGAGUGGCCCGCAGACAAUCAGGAUGGCUGGGAUGGAAAGCAGGAAAAUGAAGAGCGCUUUUUUGGAAGCCAGGAUGUCUUAACUGAAAAAGAUAUGGAGUUGUUUAGAGAUAUUCAGGAGCAAGCACUGCAGAAAGUAGGGGUGACUGGACCUCCUGAUCCACAAGUUCGAUGCCCCUCUGUCAUCGAAUUUGGCAAGUAUGAAAUUCAGACCUGGUACUCUUCCCCAUAUCCACAAGAAUAUUCGAGGCUACCCAAGCUGUACCUUUGUGAAUUCUGUCUAAAGUAUAUGAAAAGCAGAACUAUUCUCCAACAGCAUAUGAAAAAAUGUGGCUGGUUCCAUCCUCCAGCCAAUGAAAUUUAUAGAAAAAACAAUAUUUCAGUCUUUGAGGUUGAUGGCAAUGUCAGCACUAUCUACUGCCAGAAUUUGUGCUUGUUAGCCAAACUCUUCCUGGACCAUAAGACUCUUUAUUAUGAUGUGGAACCAUUUCUUUUCUACGUGCUGACACAGAAUGAUGUCAAGGGUUGUCACCUUGUUGGUUACUUUUCCAAGGAAAAACACUGCCAACAGAAAUACAAUGUUUCCUGUAUCAUGAUUCUUCCGCAGUACCAGCGUAAGGGCUAUGGCAGGUUCCUCAUUGAUUUCAGCUAUCUGCUUUCAAAGCGUGAGGGCCAAGCAGGGUCACCAGAGAAGCCCCUGUCAGACCUGGGGCGGCUCUCAUACAUGGCUUAUUGGAAAAGUGUAAUAUUGGAGUGCCUUUAUCAUCAGCAUGACAAGCAGUUAAGCAUCAAGAAAUUGAGUAAGCUGACUGGAAUCUGCCCUCAAGAUAUCACUUCCACUCUGCAUCACCUCCGAAUGCUUGACUUCCGUAGUGAUCAAUUUGUCAUCAUUCGUCGGGAGAAGCUUAUCCAAGAACAUAUGGCAAAGCUUAGAAACAAUGUGCGACCAAUAGAUGUGGAUGCAGAGUGUCUGCGUUGGACACCUGUCAUAGUUUCCAACUCUGUUGUCUCUGAGGAUGAGGAAGAGGAGACAGAGGAUGGGGAAAAUGAAGAGCAACAACAUGAUAAAGAUUCAGAGUCCAGUAUGGUAAAAUCUGUGUCAUGGGAGAAGAAAGAACAAGAACCCUACUCACCAACCAAGAAUGAAAAAAAGCCAGAUGUCAUUGCUCCCGUCAAUUCCACACGGCCAAACAAGCACGUUUUUUCACUGGACAGUCUUCCAGCAAACAGUCAGACAUCACGAAGAGGUCGAUGGAACCGCAAGGGCAAAAAACUUCGAGAACCCUUUUGUGAGAAGGAACCAGCGUUGCCCAUGGAGGACAAAAUAGCCAUUCCCAACGAACGGUGCAGCGAAUGCGAGGAGAAAUCAGUAAGUUCGCGAGGCCGGUGCAGUGAAUGUGAGGAAAAGUCAUCAGCCUUGCAGGAAAGGUGUGAAUGUGAAGAGAAGUCUCCAACCCCAAGAGGCCACUAUGCUGAAGAUGAGGAAAAAUCUGUGGUUUCCCAAACGCAGUAUGGCAAAAAUGAAAAAUCUGCAGUUCCCCAUCAGCAUUACAGUGAAGGUGUGGAAAGGUGGAGAGGACAGCUGAAAAAGAACACGGAGCCACUGAAGAAUAGGUUCCCAGAGGACUGUGAAAGAUUACCCCACUGCUACAGCGAUAGUGAUAGGACACUUCUGAGGUGUUUUAGUGAGAGCAGCGAAGAGGAAGAUGAUGACCCUGUGAGUCCCCGGUCCAGCUCUCCACCUGUUCUUACCAAACCAACAUUAAAACGAAAGAAACCAAUUCUUCAUCGGAAGAGGAGAGUACGUAAGCGUAAGCACCACAACAGCAGUGUUGUUACUGAAACAAUCUCGGAGACCACAGAAGUGCUGGAUGAGCCAUUUGAGGACUCAGAUGCUGAACGACCAAUGCCCCGGUUAGAGCCUACAUUUGAAAUUGAGGAGGAGGAAGAGGAAGAAGAGGACGAGGAAGAUGAGGAGAAUGAACUUUUGUCCAGUGGAUACUUUCAGCACUUAGCCCCACAAGACACCCUCAGGAACAGACCCUCUUCUAAGAGGAAGUCCAAAGAUGAGGAGGAGUCUGAUGACAAUAAUGAUACUCCAACUUUGAAACCAUUAUCUAUGCUGAGAAAGUGUGAAGCAAAUGAUUCUUCGCUUGAUCCAGAUACUUCUACACCCAUGAAAAAGAAGAAAGGAUGGCCAAAAGGCAAAAGCCGAAAACCAGUGCAUUGGAAGAAAAGGCCCGGUCGAAAACCAGGAUUUAAACUGAACCGGGAUAAAGUGCCACCAUCAGUGCAGGGAGAGGGAAUCGAUGCAGUGAUAGCUAAUUCAAAAACAGGGCGUAAGUCCAAAAUUUCAGAUAAAGAGGAAAGUGUUGAGCAAAAAGAAGAGCUGCCUCUUAAUGAGGAAAGGAAAGAGGAAGAUGUGAAUAUGGAAGCAGAAGAGGUUGGAGAGGGAGAAGAGGAAGAUGCAGCCAGCAGUGAAGUAAGAGCAGUUUCUCCAGUGGACAGCAGCAGUAGUCCAGUGCCAGAAGUUAAAGAACCUGAAAUAGAAGAGGAGGUGGAGGAGAAACCACAAGUAUUAGAAGAGCAAAGGCAAUCAGAAGAAGAGCAGCAAGAGCUAGAUGAACCUGAGCAGGACCAUGAGGAAGAUGAUGAAAUUGCAGUAGUGGCAAAUCAAAACGAAGACCAUGAUGCUGAUGAUGAGGAUGAUGGUCAUCUGGAGUCUGUGAAGAAGAAAGAAUUGGAGGAACAGCCUGUAAGAGAAGGGGUGAAGGAGGAACCUGAUGUUCAGGAAUGUUUUUUAGAAACAAAUAUACCAAGCAGUAGAGAAGAUGCAAAAGGAAAAGAUGAAGCAGAGGCGGAUUCUGAGGAAGAGCAGGCUUCCAAUGAAACAUCAGCAGGCUCAGAGCACGUCCCCGGGUCUGAAGAUGAUCGUGAAGAAGAUCCAAGUAAUAAAGAAGGUUUAAUUGAAUUAAAAGAGGAGGAAGAGAUUCCUCAUAGUGAACUAGAUCUUGAAACUGUUCAAGCAGUGCAGUCCUUGACGCAGGAGGAAGGCAAUGAACAUGAUGUAGCUUACCAGGACUGUGAAGAGACUCUUGCCGCUUGUCAAACUCUGCAGAGUUACACCCAAACUGAGGAGGAUCCUCAGAUAUCAAUGGUUGAAGAUUGCCAGGCCUCAGAACACAACAGUCCAAUAUCCUCUGUUCAGUCCCACCCCAGCCAGUCUGUUCGUUCUGUCAGCAGCCCAAAUGUGCCUGCUCUGGAGAGCAGUUACACCCAGAUAAGCCCUGAACAAGGAUCCCUGUCCGCACCCUCUAUGCAGAACAUGGAGACCAGCCCCAUGAUGGAUGUGCCUUCAGUAUCAGACCACUCUCAGCAGGUGGUGGAUAGUGGCUUCAGUGACCUUGGCAGCAUUGAGAGCACUACAGAGAAUUAUGAAAACCCGAGCAGCUAUGACUCCACUAUGGGAGGCAGCAUUUGUGGAAAUAACUCUUCUCAGAGCAGCUGUUCCUACGGGGGACUGUCUUCUUCCAGCAGCCUCACGCAGAACAGUUGUGUUGUCACUCAGCAAAUGGCAAACAUUGGCAGCAGUUGCAGCAUGAUGCAGCAAAGCACUGUCCAGCCUGCAGCAAACUGUAAUAUCAAGUCACCUCAGAGCUGUGUCAUAGAAAGACCUCCAAGUAACCAGCAGCCAGCAGCGCAGCCACAACAGCAGCAGCCUCAGUCACAGCAGCCACAGCCUCCACCUCCACCCCAGCAGCAACCUCCACUGUCCCAGUGCAGUAUGAACAACAGCUUCACCCCAGCACCUAUGAUCAUGGAAAUACCUGAGUCGGGAACCACUGGUAACAUAAGUAUCUAUGAGAGGAUUCCAGGGGAUUUUGGGGCUGGGAGCUAUUCACAACCAUCGGCCACAUUCAGUUUAGCCAAGUUGCAGCAGCUGACAAACACCAUUAUGGACCCUCAUGCCAUGCCUUAUAGCCAUUCUCCUGCUGUGACUUCCUAUGCAACCAGUGUUUCUCUGUCCAACACAGGAUUGGCUCAGCUAGCUCCCUCCCAUCCGUUAGCAGGCACACCACAAGCACAAGCCACCAUGACACCCCCACCAAACCUGGCAUCCACUACCAUGAACCUCACGUCGCCUCUGCUUCAGUGUAAUAUGUCUGCUACCAAUAUUAGCAUUCCACACACACAGAGGUUGCAGGGGCAAAUGCCGGUCAAGGGGCAUAUUUCCAUUCGCUCUAAAUCAGCACCCCUGCCCUCUGCAACUGCACACCAGCAGCAACUCUAUGGCCGCAGCCCACCUGCUGUUGCCAUGCAGGCUGGCCCUCGUACGUUGGCUGUUCAGCGUGGUAUGAACAUGGGGGUCAACCUAAUGCCAACCACCCCAUACAAUGUUAAUUCCAUGAAUAUGAACACCCUUAAUGCCAUGAACAGCUACAGAAUGACACAACCCAUGAUGAACAGCAGUUACCAUAGUAACCCUGCCUACAUGAACCAGACAGCACAGUAUCCUAUGCAGAUGCAGAUGGGAAUGAUGGGGAGCCAGGCCUAUACCCAGCAGCCUAUGCAGCCAAAUCCUCAUGGAAAUAUGAUGUACACUGGCCCCUCCCAUCACAGCUACAUGAAUGCUGCUGGGGUGCCCAAGCAGUCUCUCAAUGGACCGUACAUGAGAAGAUGAGCAAGAUGAGCUCGCAUCCAAAAAACUUAAAUAUAUAAAUAAAGGAACCUUUUAUACUGACGAACCAGAGAAAACGGACCUUUUUCCAGUUAAAAUAUUGCUGUAGAUUUAGAGGGAUUUUCUUUGGUUUAUUUUAUUUUUUAGAAAGCUUGGUGGUUUUUGUUGUUGUUGUUGGUUUUCUGGGUUGUUUUUUUUUUUGUUUGUUUUUGUUUGUGGUUUUUUUUUU